ACGAGACAUAGGAAUGUGGACACGAGAUCCCAAGCUACAAUGCCAAGCUCACCGAACGCGGAUCAAGCACAUGGCGUACUAGCCUCAUCCGUAAAUCUCCGUGAAUGCAAGUCCGCCCCGCGUCACCACUCAUAGUCCCCGCAUCAACAAACAACAGCGCAUAUAACAAGCUCACACUGCUGUCUUCGUGCCGUCAAUCAUGCUGCGCACUGUUCGACAUGAUUGACGUACCGCGGCGUCUGCGCCGUGCCAUACUCCUCAACGACCUCGAUCUCGUGAAGCGCAUCGUGCGCAACAACCCGGUGUACCUGCAGAACCCCGACUUUGACGACAAGAGUAACACCAGCUUGCACCUUGCGGCGAAGCAUGGAUUCACGGCGAUUGCGGAAUUCCUCGUCGAAGCCGGUCACGAAGCCGAGCUCGUAAGCCGCAACAACGAGCUCGAGACGCCGCUCAUGCUGGCAGCCAUGGCGGGCAAAGAAGAGGUCAGCGUGAUGCUGGCGAAGCGCUUCCCGGAGUGCAUUGCAUGGCAGAACAGAGCCGGGCUCGAUGCCCUUAUGCUCGUCUGUAAAAGCGGCACAGGCACCCUCCAUCUGAUCCCCACGCUGCUGCUCCACGCGCCCCAGAUCCUCACCUCCUACGACCACGUCGGCAACACGGCGCUGCACCACGCCUCGGCCGCCGGCGAGCUCAAGGCCCUCCGCAUGCUCCUCCAGUACGGCGCGAAUCCCCUCGCUUCAAAUGCAUACUCUUGGACCCCCGUGCACUAUUCCGCGACGCCCGCGGCGGAGGCAUACUUCAAGACGCUGAUCAUCGAGUUUGAGAAGAAGAAGGCCGAGGGGAAGCGGCUGGAGCGCGAGCGUGAGAAGCAGAGGUCCGCGGGCGUGCGGCUGGUAACUGACCAGGAGGCGGUGGGAGGUGCUGUGGGCGGUGGAGAGCGACAACGGGCGAGAGACGACGCGGCGAUUGCCGGUCUUCCUAUGCCUGGGCUGGAGUGGAGUCCGGUGGAGCGGAGGAGGGCCAUGACGCCUACGGAAGGUGUCAGGGCUGGACCGUGGCCGUUCACGCAGGCAGAGAGCGGCAGGCCAAGAGCGGAGAGUGGCGAAUCAGCCUGAAUGUAUUGAUCCGUGGCGUUGUAUAUCUAGGUAUUGGCGUUGAGGAGUUCGACUGCUCAAGAAUGGGUGGGGGACUCGUCACUAGGACCGUAAAUUUCAAGGCGUCUGAGGGUAUAAAUUCAUCGUUAUCAGCAGCAGUAUUAGAAAAAAACCGAGCACAGAAUCUGAGCAACCGGUAUC